AUGGAUGUUUCAAGUUGGAAUACCGAUCAGGUCGUGCAGUGGUUAAAUCAAAAUGGAUUGAGCAUGUAUUUUGAUGAUUUUGAAAGUAAUAAGAUCGAUGGAGCAACGUUGUUGAGUGAAGAUUUUACGGAAAUUGAACAGAAAGAACUUAUCCCAUGUAUUCGAGAUCGAGUCAUUUUCAAAAAGGUGUUAAGAGAACUUAGAAAUUCGGUCAAUCAUAAAAAAACUUCAAUCUAUGAAGAUCUCGCUAUGAAUGAUUUACCAGAAGAAUUCUUCGAUUUACCACCCGAAAUCAAGAUCAUUCAUGCAUCUGCACCAUUUGGCAGUACUACGGAUUAUUCAGGAGGAGAAAUUUAUCGUUGUUAUGAUGGAGAUAAAAUCAAUGGGUUUUGGAAUUCGAUGAAAGCAUCACCCAAUUAUCUUCUUUUAAAAUUUGAUCAAAUGUAUCAAAUUCAUGGAUUUGAAUUGACAAUCAUGGGAGAUGACGUGCAUGAUCCACGACAUAUCGAGGUUUACACUGAUUCGCAUGCAAGAAAUUUUAUCGAAUCAUUUAAUGUUGGUCUUUAUUCGGGAACAACAACGAUUUCACCACCAUUUGUAUUCAAGAAACAAAAUCGUCCAAUUACAAAUCAAUUACUAUUCAAAUUUACGACGACUUAUUAUCAAGCUUGCAUUGUACAAAUCUGUUUAUAUGGAACAUCGCAAAAAUGA